UCAUUAAAUUUCGUUUUAUUGUAACUAAAAAUUGUAACACAAGGUUGGGCGUCAUGAUUUUUCCCCGCAAAAUAACGGUAACUGGAGUCCCAAAAAAGGAUGAUCCUUGUGAGAGCGUGUGUGGGGUGGUAUAAAAGCAUUUUAGCCUUAUUUCAAUUAAUUCCCUUUUUUUGUUUCUUUUUCAAAAAAAUAAAUAAAUAAAAAAUGACUUAUUCAUUAUCGCUUAUAUUCUCAUCUGGUGGAUACAGCACUGAUAAACACCAAGCAGCUAUACCAACGUAUAUCACUAUUUCACCUAGAAAGGAUGGGAUUACUGCUAAAACCAAGCGUCUCAACCCUCAACGACGUUCUUCUACCUCCAGUUUUUCCCCACUGAAACGAAAACUAAAAGCCUCUUCCUCUAAUUUCUCUUCCAUUCUACCUAAAUUUCGUGCUAUUGAAAGACGGCCUUCUUCUACGUAUUCUUCAGAUACACUAAUGCCUGAUAUCACCAGAUCAAUACUUGCUUUACCAAAUGAAAUUCUUUCCUGCGUCUUGUAUUACUUGGAUUAUACCAGCGUACACAAACUCUCUCGUACCUGUAGUAAGUUAUACACGGUAUGCCAUGAUAACGAACUUUGGCGUCGUUUCUUGUUUGCCGAUUUUCAAGCCAUCACACCACCCACACCUGCAGACCCAACAAUUAAGGAUUAUUUAAAACUAUAUCAGAAUCAUCUAAAAUUGGGUCAACGAUGGCUAACAGGCAAAGUAAAUACCCGCUUUUUACAAGGCCAUGAGGAUAGUGUUUAUUGUCUGGGAUGGAUUUCCAAAGAUAUCUUACUUAGUGGUAGUCGUGAUAAGACACUCAAGAUGUGGCACGUGCCUACCAACACCUGUAUAAGAACCAUCGAGAAUGAACAUAGUGGAAGUAUCUUGUGCAUACGUGUGGACCAAAAAAAUCAGCUUGUGAUGACAGGAUCGUCGGAUACUACCUGUACAUUAUGGUCACUACCUCAAAUGCAGCCCAUCAUGAAACUUACAGGACAUCGUCAUAAUGUGCUGGAUGUUUGCCUUGUCAACCAGAAUCGCAUUGUCACGUCUUCCAGGGACCAUACGUUACGUGUAUGGGAUAGAGAAACGGGGUUGGAAUUACGGCAAAUGGUGGGGCAUACCGCCUCUGUCAAUGCUAUGGAGCCUGUGGGAAGAAAUCGGGUUGUCUCGGCUUCGGGAGAUUCUAGCAUCAAAUUAUGGGAUAUCGACACGGGUGAAUGCAUUCGUACAAUGCACGGUCAUAAACUUGGUUUGGCUUGUGUUAAAUACAGUGAUGGACGUCUUUACAGUGGUGGGCUGGAUGGUAAGAUCAAGGUAUGGGAUAUCGAAACUGGAGAGUGCGUUCAUACCAUGUUCGGUCAUGCUGGCAUGAUUCGUUCUAUUGAUUAUGUAAAUAAAAAGAUUGUCACGGGAAGUUAUGAUCGUACCUUGAAGGUAUGGGAUACAGAAACAGGUGCAUGUAUUCUCAGCUUUCAAAGUGGACACUCCAAUUGGAUCUUCAAUGUCCUGUCAAGUGGAACACGUAUAGUCAGUUCGGGACAGGAAAAACGUAUAAUGGUGCUUGAUUUUGGUAGUGGAUUAGCUCCCCUGUGUAAUUAAAAUAGCUUCCCUUUUUUUACCCCGGAUUUUAUACCGUUCUGCGGCGACUUAAUAAUAUAGUUUUUUUUUACAUGAAUCUAUAAAAACAAGGUUUUCCUUUCUAAUUACAAGGGACCAAUCAAUGGCUUGAUUGACAUUGAUUAGGAAACAAUUAGAAAUCAUUUGAUGUCACUUCAGGCUACACGAUGCUAAAUUGACAGUGUUUUCCCUUCACAUGCCUCAAAAUAUUGUUCUCACGUUUUUUUUUUUUUUUUGGCGGU